CCUUUUAUAUCAGUUUAGACCAUUUUUAUCGAGUGGCACGUCAGACAAUUGAGUGAUUUAAUUCAGAUUUUGUUUCGUUUGGACUUGGAAAGGUAUGAGGUUAUACUAUAUUUAGUUGCCUGAUACAUUUCAAAAUGUGUUAAGUUUGUUAAAUAAGUUAGAGGCAUUGCGAAAUAAAAUGCCUUUGGAUGAUUAUCCGUUUAAAAAUGAUGUUAAACAUUGUACCCUCACUCUGAAAAUCGUUGACGCAAGAUAUGAGUGGAAAGUAGUAGGCAAGCCUAGACGAAGAAGCUGAAAGCUGGGUGCUCGGGAAGGCCCAAUUAAUAGAUGAACCGAUGAAAAUGACUGAAAUAGUUGUCUUUUUUGGGGUAAAGAUUAUCAGACACUGAAAUUGGAGUGGUGACUUACAAGAAGAACAGGAUGAGUCAUGUAGCCUAAUUGACGACUAGGCAAAAAAAAAUCUAAAAAAACGUGCGGACACACGACAGCCGUCAACGGUUGCCAGACAAGAAAACAAAAUGUGACAAACGUAAAGGAAACUGGAUCAUCGCCUUGUCCACCGCCUUUGAACAACCCCAGUCGCGUAAGUUACAUAACUGCACCAAAAGCCUACCUUCGUAUUCUUAACCAACUUGACCUAAUUAGCUCUUAUGUCUGUAAACAGAGACGCAUAAUGUAAAAGAGCCACUGGUAAAAAUGGUCUCCCUGUAACAUUAUGGCAACAACCGCCCGAAUAUUAGUUUAAUUGUUUCUAUUUAUUUUUGUCGCAGACAGCCCUAUCUCGCAUUGGGAAGAACUGCAUGGAGUUCCAGGGAUUCCAAAGCUCGCUGUGAUGUAGGCUAAGCUACAACUGUAUCUUUUCAUACGUUCUAUUUGGUUCGCUUUCAAAUCAAGCAAUUCUGCUAAUCAUGUCAAAACUCGAUGUAAACUGAGUGCACCUGCAUAACGGAGAGAAAUGACUGAGCUACCACGACCAAUGCUGCUCGCCCUCUGGGUAAUGCUGCUUUGUAUAUGUCGCGAGACAAUCGGGGAUUCCAGACGGACUCGCAGCGGCAGGGAUGAGCUACCAUCCCCAGCAUCAGCAACACCAGAGGUGGGAAGCAAGAGGAACAGGGGUGUGUCUCCAAACUGGUCGAGGCAGCUUGACAUCAGUAUUAACUCCUUCAGCAAGGGCAAAAACACAAACCUGGGUAAUUACAUAAAUGAAAAUGUGACCACAACUAAGCUCCAGGAGGGCCAAGUGAAUGGCAUGUCCUCAGCCAACACUAGCAGAGGCAACACUCGCACUACCACUGUGAUAUCUGGGAGGCCAAGCCGACUACAAGGCCGAACAGGAUGGAGCAUUGACAUUGGAGCGGCACCGAUGUGUGCCUACCGCAUGAUGGAGGGGGGCAUCGGAGGGCAGUUGUGUUUCAGGCACACACAGUUUGAGUUCAAGUGUCAGCAUGACUGUCGGACUGUGAGGUCACAAGAAGGGUCCUUAAUGGCCAACGUUAUGACAAAUGGCAGUGUACUGCUACAAUGGACACAUGGCAGUUCUACAGCAGAGGUUCAUGGGAAAACUAAAGAGAACAUGGUUGGACAUGACAGAGAAAAACAAGAUACUGAAACUACACAACCGAAAGUGGAGAGACAGAGAGGAGCCUCGGGGGAGGCGAGGAAAACUCUGACUGCUCAACGAAAGAUGCUUUUGAGUGUACAACCGACCCCAAAAAGUGGGUUUGAGCUCAGCUGCUGGUGGAACGGGAGCUACACCCAGUUUGAGUGUACUGGUGUCCAUCUUGGAUCAGGCUGCAGAGACUUUUUGCUGAAUGAGUUGCAUGAGAACGUCCCCUACCGUAUCUGUCUGCAUCCUCUGCCCUCCAUGACUCUCUCCCCAGGCCCGGUCCAGAGGAGAAAUCAGAGAGACUGCGUGGAGUUCACCAUAACUCCCUCUGGGAUGCAAGACAUAGUGAUUGCCAUGACAACAGUGGGAGGAGCCAUCUGCGUAAUGCUGGUCAUCAUCUGCUUGCUAGUGGCAUACAUCACUGAGAACAUUAUGAGCCCCACUACACAGCACACAAACUCAACAUAUCAAACACACUCUCGGCAUUGAGGUUAUUAUGCAUUGUACUGUACAAAAAGUAUACACUGCAUGAAAUAAAAA